AUGGUUCACUGUGCAGGCUGCAAAAGGCCGAUCUUGGACCGGUUUUUGUUGAAUGUACUGGACAGGGCUUGGCAUGUGAAGUGUGUUCAGUGCUGUGAAUGUAAAUGCAAUUUGACAGAGAAAUGCUUUUCGCGAGAAGGCAAGCUUUACUGCAAAAACGACUUCUUUCGGUGUUUCGGGACCAAGUGCGCGGGCUGUGCCCAGGGCAUCUCCCCCAGCGACCUGGUCCGCAGGGCGCGGAGCAAAGUGUUCCACUUGAACUGUUUUACGUGUAUGAUGUGUAACAAGCAACUCUCCACCGGCGAGGAGCUCUACAUCAUAGACGAGAACAAGUUUGUCUGCAAAGAAGAUUACCUAAAUAACAGCAAUACUGCCAAAGAAAACAGCCUGCAUUCAGCCACCACCGGCAGUGACCCCAGCCUGUCCCCCGACUCUCAAGACCCCUCCCAGGACGACGCCAAGGACUCGGAAAGCGCCAACGUGUCCGACAAGGAGACGGGGAGCAACGAAAACGACGACCAGAACCUGGGGGCCAAGCGGCGGGGACCGCGCACCACCAUCAAAGCCAAACAGCUAGAGACUCUGAAAGCCGCCUUCGCGGCCACCCCGAAACCCACGCGGCACAUCAGGGAGCAGCUGGCGCAGGAGACCGGCCUUAACAUGCGGGUCAUCCAGGUGUGGUUCCAGAACCGGCGCUCCAAGGAGCGGCGGAUGAAGCAGCUGAGCGCGCUGGGCGCCCGGCGACACGCGUUCUUCCGCAGCCCGCGCAGGAUGCGGCCGCUCGUGGACCGGCUGGAGCCCGGCGAGCUCAUCCCCAACGGGCCCUUCUCCUUCUACGGAGAUUAUCAGAGCGAGUAUUACGGCCCUGGAGGCAAUUACGAUUUCUUCCCGCAAGGACCGCCCUCGUCCCAGGCGCAGACCCCCGUGGAUCUCCCGUUCGUGCCCUCCUCGGGGCCGUCAGGGACCCCGCUGGGGGCCAUGGAGCACCCCCUGCCCGGACACCACCCCUCGAGUGAGGCUCAGCGCUUCACCGACAUCAUGUCGCACCCCCCGGGAGACUCGCCCAGCCCCGAGCCCAACCUGCCCGGCUCCUUGCACUCCAUGUCCGCGGAAGUUUUUGGCCCCAGCCCCCCAUUUUCGUCGAUAUCCGUCAACGGUGGUGCUAACUACGGCAAUCACUUGUCCCACCCUCCAGAGAUGAACGAAGCGGCUGUGUGGUAG